CUCUCUCUAAAACUCUCUUGGAUCUCUAAAUCUUCUUCUUCUUUCUGCCCCCUUCUCAAUUUCACACUACUUUUCAUAUCAUUUUAUCUCCUCCCUCGUUAAACCACUUAAUUCUAAGCAAAAUGUGUAAUCCGAGCACACUGAGGAGAGAAUUCCUCAAGAAAUGGAUGAUGGGUCUCCAAAUAUUAAGCAAUAACGGUUGUGGCUCCAUGACGGUCUCCGAGAGAAAAAAGGCCAUCAAGUUAUCGGCAGACAUAGCGUUGGCCUCCUCUAGAGACUGCGCCACGCGGUGGAGCCGAGCGGUCAUCGCCGGCGCGGUCGGGCGGAGCGUGUACUGCCAGAAGGCCAAGAACAAGCUGCAAAGUGGCUCGAAAAAGAUCUUGAAAAGAAGCCGCCGUGUAUGGCGGCGGAAAACAUCAUGCAGCCGGAAGCCAGCGGCGGCGGAGUCGGUUGCGAGGAGAUUGGUGGAGAAAAGAACAAAAAUUUUAAGAGGGCUGGUGCCGGGGGGUGAAUUUAUGGACGAGAUUUCGCUGAUUGAAGAAACCCUAGAUUACAUAUCGGCUCUCCAAGCUCAGGUUGAUGUAAUGCGGUGCCUUGCAACUGCUUACAAGCCAUCAAUCCAUGAUCAUGAAUAAGGGAAUUAAAUAUCUCCCCCCCCCCCUUUCUUUUUCUUUUUCUUUUUCUUUUCUGCCCAGCAUUCGAUCGUAUAUGAUGAAUGGGAUGUGGAGAAAAUCAAGGCCUUUUUGCACAUAUAUAAUUUAAUUUAAGUUAAUGUA